GUUGGAAAAGCUUCGCUUGAACUGGAUAUCCCAGUCACCUGUAAAAUUCGAAUCUUUGAAGAUAUUGAGCGGACAGUCCAGUAUGCUAAAUUUCUCGAAGCAGCAGGAGCUUCUAUGCUUACAGUACAUGGACGCACCAGAGAUAUGAAAGGUCAGAAAACCGGACUUGCUGAUUGGGAUCAAAUUAAAGCAGUAAAAGAAGCUGUUAAAAUUCCUGUUAUUGCUAAUGGAAACAUUCAGUAUUUAUCAGAUGUUCAUCGGUGUCUAGACAUAACGAAGGUUGAUGCAGUCAUGAGUGCAGAGGGUCACUUACACAACCCAGCUCUUUUUUCUGGACUUCAACCAUCUGCAUACACUAUGUCCUUUGAAUACUUAGAGUUUGUCGAAAAGUACCCCACAUCCAUACAGAUUAUCAGAGGACACAUAUUUAAACUCUGUCACUUCGCAUUGGAUGAACAUUCUGAAUUUCGUCCAACAGUUGGAUCAGCCCAAUCAAUUGAAGAAAUAAAAAAAGCAUUACAAAAGAUGCAGAAUCAGUGUUCUUCAUGUAUCGGAAAUAGCUUAACCGAACUACCACAUCCACAUUGGAUAUGUCAGCCAUAUGAACGCCCAAAGUUAGCGUCAGAACUAAAGAAUCUUGAGAAUUCGGUGGAUUCCAUCGAUCGAUCAGAUAUUCAAGAAGCUAAUAACAGCGGGUUGAACAAAAGAAUUAUGCUAACAGAGCAAAGGCGCAGUCGCAAAGCUAUGAAAAAGGAGGCCAAACUAGCUAAAAAGUUGGCAGUUAUCGAAGGGAAACUCAUUUGUGCUAGUUGUAACAGAAAUCGUAAGGAAAUCCGUGAUAACUGUGGUCUAGGUACUUUCAAUCUAAGUUUCCUGUUCGAAAACUGGCACAUUGGUGGAAGUAAUGGUUAUUCCAUAUUCGGGUCACAGUUUCAUACCAACUCUACCUACCAAGGUUUAGGUAACGAAGAGGCAUACAAGCGCUUGCAUAAUCGACAUUGCUCAUUGCGUAGUGCUCGCAACUAUGCAUGGUUUCUGACACUAAUAUCAUACAAACAUACGUAAUUUUAUGUCUGCACUUUUUGUUUCAGAGUGCAAACUGUGCUCGGUCGGUCUGUCGAACAUGCUGUCAAGAUCAAAAUGAAUCCGAUCCACGCAUGAUAAAUAUUUUUUGUUCAGCCCAUCAGUAUCAUCGAAAAAUAAUGACUGCUUUAAUAGAUUAAUAUAUUUUUUACUUGUACAAA